CUAUUUGACUUCGCUCCUGGGCACCACCCAGCCCACCACGACGGUGAUGUCGUCCUUCUUCCCACCCUUGUUCGACAUGCCCUCCAUCUCCUGCAGGCGCGCGUUCCACGGCGUGUCGGCCUUGCUGUCGUGGCUGCGGGCGUAAGCCGCCUGUGCCAAUGCCUCCGCUAUCUGACAGGGAGAGAGAAAGAUGCGCGCGCGUGUGUGUGUGUGUGUGGUGGGUGAGGGGGAGGGUUUGGGUGCCUUCUUUGGGUCGGAUGGUCUUGCGAGGUUGCCGAGGUCGGCUUGCUGUGUGGGGUCGGAUUGGAUGGCCUCUGCCUCGAGCGGCGACACGAAGCGGGCCGCUAUGGCGGCGAUCUCGUGGUCGAAAAGGUUAUCGAAAAACCCUGUUGAUCAAACACACGCACACGCAUCAAACGGUGUACAUCCCAUGGAUGUCGUGUACCAUCCGAGCCGACUAUGAUGAGGUCCCCCUCCUGCACAGGAAGGGAAUAGAGGUCGGCAUCCUGCACACACACACAUCACACGCAAUGGUCCAUCCACCCAUCCAUCGUCUUGAGGGGCUUGUUGCCCCACCCACCUUUGGUGUGUCUCCCUCUCCGUCGUUGGGCUCGUUUGGCAUCUUGGUGAGCUGGAAGGGGCAGUUGAAGUAAUGCUGCUGCUCCUCAGUCCGCAGCACAAACGACAACAGCCCGUCCGGACCGCGCCUAUCAAUCAAAUCAUCCACACCAUUCCCACACACACACACAGGAAUGCUCCCCAUCCCACACACACAGCCAACGUACCUGAACACGAUGAUGCCCGAGUCUCCGACAUUGGCCACGCCCAACCGGUGGCCCACAUCAUCCAACGCCGCCACCUAAACACACAUGUGAGCUCACAUGUGUGUGAUGCUUCCGGCUGUCUGGCCGUGUGCCUGUCGCACUCACCACAGCAGUGGUCGACCCAGGCGGCCCUUCGGAGCGCGCAGCACGGUACCCCUCCCACAAAAUGCCCAACGCACUGUUUGCGGCCGACGCAUACACACCAACACGCAGAGACAAGGUCAUGGUGUCCAUCCAUCCAUCCAUCGAUCCAUUUCUGUGUGUCGCUGACCGUUUGGUGUCGGGCAGUUUGUCGGCCUCCGGCGACCCGGUGCUCUCGAGUGAGAAGUUGCCCACAUCGGCGCUGUGGCAGCACUUGUCCAUCAUGUACGCCGGGAAAUCCCUGUGCGUGCGUUCGGAUCCAGGCACAACACACACACAUAGUCAGCACAUAUUCUGUCUCCACUUCUGUGCGAAUCUGUGUCUCUGUGGUGUGGGUGUGUUUUACCUGGGAUCGAUGCCAUAUUUCCACAUGCCGCCCACGCCGUCGGCCACGCCCACCGCCGACCCGUCACUGCACACAAAGUGGGCGUCCUCGCCUCCCGUCGCCUUCUUGGAGUCCUCAGGGAUGGCGCUCGACCCGGCCCUGUCCGUAUGCGGCACACACAGACACAUGAAGGGAUUGUCAAGGGAGUAGUGUCUCUCUGGCUGACCACAGCUGUAGGUUUGUCUUUGCGGGAGGAUGGGGCAUGGUGGGUCGCCUCUUGGGGUCGCUGAGGACGCUGAAGACCUCCAUUGGCGGCAGCAGCCGCUCGACAGACACCGGCGGCCACUUGGCCGGACCUGCCGCACGGAAAAUCCCAUGGCCAGACCUAAACCACACACACCACACACAGAGACACAGAUGGAUACCUCAACCUCACCUCCCCUCUGUGUCUCACCGCGCGAGUGCUGUGAUUUUGGUGAGUGGCUUCCAAAUGUCGGCUGCAGCGGCGCCCCAGUUGGCCCCGCUGGCGACGACGAACGACGGGUGGACGAACUCGUCCCCCCAGAAGGCCUCGACCGCCGUCCCGCCGAUCUGCGGCCCGAACCGCUGCGCCAACCCCUUCGGGAACAGACGCACCGACACGCGAUAGUGGCUGAAGGCCAGGUGGAACUCGCCGCUCUGCCAUCCCCCUCUGCUCCCCUGUUGCUGGAAGUGUUGUCGAGCCUGUGCAGAAGAUGCAGCAGCAAAGCGGGUGGUGGUGAAGUGGUAGGUGGCGUGGGGCAGUGGGGUGAUGCUGCUGGCUGACGGGCGGGCGGGGGCGGGCGGGCAGCCUGCCAGUGAGUGGGGGUGGACUCCACCCUCAGCCCCAACACACACACCCUCCCAAAAGCCAACCCUCUCGUCAGUGUCGUCACACACGUCACUGUCGGCAUCGGCAUCACCGUGAUCGCCAUCACCGUCACUGACGACCGAUGACGCGUCAGCCGCAGUGGACACAUCAGAGAGGGAGGGGGAGUGGGGCACACUACAGGGGGGCGACAGAAGGAGAGAGGGUGCCACGAGGGAGGGGCACUCCUCACGGUGAAAAAGGGGCAGAGGCCACAAAUCGACUAUGCAGUCUACCUCCAUAUCACAAUCACUCACACACACACAGUCGGUCACUCAGUAAGUCAGACACCCCCGACAGACAGAUACAGAGAGACAGAAGAGACAGAGAAGCGACAAAAAAGGCUGCUUGCUGCGCGACGAACGUACGCCCUUAAUGCAAUCAAGCAACCCAGCCAGCCAGUAAGCCACUGAGGAGGUGAGUGAGUCAGUCGGCGGUCUAGGUAGAUAAACAGAAACGGCCGAUACAAACAACCGAGUGUCUGAGUGACCAGCGGGCGGGACAAAAAAAGCCCCUGAUCAAAACCCCCUGUCUGUCUUUCUCUCAGUCUGUAGACUGACAGAGAGAGGGAGGCAGGACGGACACCACCCUUACACACCGCCAAUGGACGACGAACCACCGAACGAACGAUACACAAGGACGGAUUGGCGGAAGGAAUGGCGAGAGAAGGACCUCAGUCAGUCACUCACUCAGCCACGUAAACACACCGAUGUUGGUCGGACGAUGAACAAACCGGACAAUCCCACAGACAGACAGACAGACGAACUGACACAGCUCCUUUCUCUCAAGCACUCACUCACACACUCACUCACUCACUCACACACACCACACCUCACGAUGACAAAUGUAGAUAACAGCACGAUGGAUGGAUGGAUGGAUGGAUGCUACACAACACUUGAGUGAGAAGUGCAUCAAAACUUGUCUUCCUGAUUGCAAUGUGCCGGAAGGCACCGCAUCCCACAGACCCACAGACAGACACACACCUGUUUGGUCACCGCCUAUGCGACUGUACUAGCAUCCCACACACCACUCCCGCAACACCAUGCCCUUCAGCUAAGAUAAGACUGUUCCCACACGCACCGCAACACACAGCACCACAACACACAGCAACAAGGCGACACAGCACAAGACCGACGAGCUGUCUUUGCAGGCUGACAAAACCGUCAGUGAGUCAGCAGUGAGUCAGAGUCACUCAGCCGCAGCAGACGCCGGCGGCCGCCCCUCCUUGUCGCUCUCUUCGUCCCUCUUUCUCACGCCACAGCCGAUUGAAUCAGUCAGCCACUCAGCAAGUCAGUCAGUCAGCCCCCCUGCUCUCGCCUGCCAACCCGCCCGCCCGCCUCUCUCUCAGUGUGUGGCGUGCUUGUGCGCAGAUCUGCCUGCCUGCCUGCCUGUCUGCCUGUCUGCCUGUCUGCCUGGCUCAUUCGCACACCUGUGUGCUGGAGAGCUGCAAGCCGGCCGUUACGCACGGAAUGGAUACCCACAGCAGACUCGACAUCAUCACGCAGAUCUCU